UAAAGAACUCUAACUCACCGUUAUUAAUAAUUAUCCUUCAAAGUAGCAGAUAGAUUCUCGACAUAGAUCCUCUAACCCUUUUAAACUAACUAAACCCAAGUAAAAAAUUACGGCAGAUUUUGCUAGCUUGGUUUGUUAUCAGUUGUUUGGUAACUUGAAUUCGGCAUGGCCGAACUGCAAGUAUACCAGAGGAGAGAACCUGUUUCCAGAGACAAUGCCAUGGAAGAAGAAGCGAAAGAGGAGGUGGUUCAGAAUCGGAAGCAGGGUUUGUGGGUGCCACAAACGCCUGCAAAGCCUGCUACAGGGAGGACACAAAAAUCAUAUUUCAGAAGACGAUUCAAGAGCAAUUCGGGACAAAAUAAUAGCGUAGUGGUGAGUGAUUCCCAAGUGGAAUUGGAGCGUUCUGAUGGGGUUUCUGUGUUUUCUGCUGCUGCAACUUCUUCAGAGGAAAACACUUGCCUGAUCGACCCAAUUGAAGAAUGUCCUAGAGAGGAGGAAAAGGUACAGAAUUUGGGUGGAAUUGGAAGCACAAAUUUGGGUUCUGUUGGGUUGUUCGAUUUGAAUAAGAUUGUGUUGGAAUGUGAUGAGGGUUGUGUGAGUUUUUCUCAUGGGGGUUCCGAGGAUGCAAGCCAAAGUUGUUUAGAGGGAUUAGUGGCAGCAGAAGAGGUUGCGGCGAAUGAUGGUGAAAUUUUGACAGUUGGGGAGGAGCUGGUGUUGCAGGGGAUAAUUGUAAAACCUCCAAUUUCUCAGUCAUCAACAAAUGCAACUAAAAGGGGUUUAUUUGAAAAGAUAAACGGUUGUUUCAUUCCGGUUGCGCAAACUCGUAUCAAUGAAGAAAAGCUGCAGCAGGGGUCUGCCAUUCCAGAUGGUAUGUCGCAAUGCAAGUCCGGUGAUCAACAAAAUCAAGAAAGUGUUAAGCAGGAGGAUAUCAUCCAUCGGGCAGAAAACAAGAAUCGGACGUCCAAUGCAGCAAAUUUUAUGGGAGGCUCCAAAUUUCCUAGCACUUCGAGCCCAUCUCAGAAAAAGAAAAACUUGAAAAGAAGCCCAGAUGGUGGUAUAGAUUUGAAUGAAGGGCCACAAAAGAAACCGAAGAAGAAAGUAUAUAGGCCGAAAGUGGUAUGUAUAGGAAGACCAAGGCCUAUAGAGCCUAAGACCCCAAAGAAGGCAACACCAAAGCGUCCUGCUUCAAAACCAAAGACACCAAAGCCUACAACUAAAAUGCAUGUUUCUUCCGACAAAAAUAUGUCAGCCGAGAAGUCUUCAAGCAGCCCCAAACACUUGGCCCCCAUAGAAGUCACCUUGGGUAAGGUUGCAUUUUCUGUGUCAGACGGAGCAACUCUAGAUGGUGACCUGAAAAUUAAAUCAAACACGGAGAAUGCCAUCAUUCUAGCGACUCCUCCACAAAAAGUUAGAGCUAGUCAAGGAGCACUUAUGAAUCUCAGUUGUAGAAAAAAUUUAGGACUGAACAUUCCAGCUACAUGCAGGAAACAAAGGUUGGCGAGGAGGAGGCGGGAAGAAGAUUGUUGGUCGACAAUAGCUAGAUAUUUUCUUGAGAGGGAAAGAUACCUUCUCAAAGGGCUUGGUGACAAAAAUCAGGGACAUGCUUCAUUCCAAAAAACAGAAACCACAGAUCUAAUUGGUGCACUGCAGCCACUGAUUAUGACAAGGAAGAAAAGAUCAAAGGGACAUACUCGGGGACGGAAUGGAGGGUUGGUGACAGAGAAAUGGACUAACAUGGGACAUUCCCUUAAUAUAGAGCUUCACAAUGGUGAAUGUGAAGGACAUCCAUCUAAGCAUGAGGGCCCUUGCUCCACCAACAUAAGAGAUUCACAGGAAGAUAAUAUCAGUCCGUUUGUACAGAAAUGUCCAGAUAUCAGCCAUGGAGUUAACCAUGACAAAGAUGUACAUGUUCCCAGCAAUGACCAUGGCAUUCUAGUUCCAUACAAGGACAAGCACAGUAAAAGGCGUCCAGAGCUUUCUCCCACAGACCUUGAACGAGUUAAGUCAUGGAAACUUCAAUUACAAGCGAAGGUUAAUGAGGGUCAAGAGAAAGAAAGUGAAGAGGAAUGGUGGACGAAUGAAAGAGAAGUCUUACAUGGACGGAUUAAUCUACUUAUGUCCCGGAUGAACACAAUCCAAGGAGAUAGGAAAUUUUCACCCUGGAAAGGUUCUGUGGUGGACUCAAUAGUUGGAGUUUUCCUAACUCAAAAUGUGUCGGAUCAUCUUUCAAGCAACGCCUUCAUGUCACUUGCUGCCAGAUUCCCUUGUCAGUCCCAUUCCAACGAAACAGAUUGUGAAUACACAAACAUGGUUGUCACCCAAGAAUCAGUUGGAAGUAAUAUUCUUGCUAUCAUGCCAAAAUCUGAGGAGGAGUUACACACAGGUGAAGUGGCACUCUCAAUGGACUAUAGACACAAAGAGUCAAGCUCUGACAAACCCAAUGACCUUGAAGGGUCGUCAACGCCAUUGUGUGAUUUCCACAACCCUCCUGAGGUUUCCCAAAUUGGUUUCAGUGAAAAGGUAAAUCAUCUCAGAGUCUCGGAAGAUAAUGUUGUGUCAGAUAACUGUGGAGUUCAGGUAAUCUCCGAAAAAGUUGAGUUUCAUACAUCUGUAGAAAUGUCUAGUCUGCCACCGCUGUGUUCCCAAACAAAAGAUGUGAUCGUAGAACCAAACGAUGAGAGUUAUCUUUGUUCUCAGAAUAUGCUGGUGGAUAAGCCUGAGAGCCCAGUUGAUACUAUAAUCCAAAAUCUUGUGGAACCACCUAAUGAGGCCAACAACUUCAACCAGGUAAAUCAGAAAGGAGAGAAACCGGAUUUAAAUGAUCAACAAUCAGACAUGAAAUUUGAUAAGACGACGAAAGCUCCUCGAAGAAGAAAAAACAAGAAGGCUAUAGUGAAGACUAAACUUAGUUGGGGGUGGUGUAAAAGUAUAUUUUCAACCAGUAGAGAAAGAAAUAGGAAUCACAUGGAUUCAGCAGACUGGGAGGCAGUUAGAAUUGCAGAAGUUGGUCAGAUUGCUGCGGCUAUUAAAGUGCGUGGCCAACACAAUAUGAUUGCAGGACGAAUCAAGAAAUUUCUUAACCAAGUACAUGAGGAUCAUAAACAAAUAGACCUCGAGUGGUUAAGAAAUGCCCCGCCUCAGUUAGUAACGAAGUACCUAAGAGAAAUUGAGGGCAUUGGAUUGAAAAGCAUGGAGUGUGUGAGACUUUUGGCACUCCAACAUGUAGCUUUCCCGGUGGAUGUAAAUGUUGGCCGGAUAGCGAUUCGUCUAGGGUGGGCUCCCCUUGAACCAUUGCCUGAACAAGUUCAACUACAUGUAUUAAAACAGAUGCCACUGUUGGAUACCAUUCAGAAGUAUCUUUGGCCACGGCUAAAAACCUUGGAUCCAAAAACAUUGUACGAACUACAUUACCAAAUGAUAACCUUUGGAAAGGUCUUUUGUACAAAGCAAAAGCCAAAUUGCAAUUCUUGUCCAAUGAAGGGAGAGUGCAGACAUUACGCUAGUGCAUUUGCAAGCGCCAGGCUUGCCUUACCAGGGCCAGAAAAGAAGCCAGGUUCAACAAAGAACGGUAGUUCUACCGAUCCCUUGAUGAUGGCUCUUCAGGCACUCAAUCCACCAACUGUCUCCUCUCUUGAGGUCAGCCUUGACUCAAAAUACCAAAGCAAAAGUUGUGAACCUAUCAUUGAGGAACCAUCAUCACCGCAGCCUGAAUAUACAGAAACAUCAUUAAGAGACAUUGAAGAUCUUUUUCUUGAUGACCCUAAUGACAUGCCAACAAUUAAAAUGAGAGAUGAAAGAUUUUCAACAAUAUUAGAGCCGUACACAGGUGUAUUUCAAGAAAACGAUAUGGCAACAGGAUUAGUUCCUUCCCGAUAUGCAAAUUUUCAAGCUCCCAAAUCGAAGGAUGCUUUCCGCUUAUGCACGAAGCACCUAGUCUAUGUUCUUCCAGAUUAUCAUCCUCUAUUGCAGACUCUAGAAAACAGAGAUCCCGAUGAUCCAUGCCCAUACCUUCUUGCUAUAUGGCCAUCAGAUGAAAAACGAUGCGAUCCUCAGGAGUCGAGAGAAUUGAGCAAUAUUGUAGAGCCAUCUUUUUCACUUAAUAAUCAUUCACAAGCAGCUUCACAAAUGGUUCGUGGAACACUUUUGAUGCCGUGUCGAACUGCAACAAGGGGGAGCUUUCCACUCAACGGGACAUACUUUCAAGUGAAUGAGAUAUUUGCUGACUAUGAAACCAGUAUACGCCCCAUUGAAGUUCCUAGAUCAAGCUUAUGGAGUCUAGCUAGGUUAACUGUAUACUGUGGGUCCUCAACAUCUUCAAUCCUUAAAGGCUUACAAUUGAACGAAAUUAAGGACUGCUUUGUGAAAGGUUUUAUCUGUGUCCGAGCCUUCAACCGGAAAACACGCGCUCCUGAAGAACUUUCAGAUAGAUUCCACGUUCGACCAACUAAGAAAGGAGACAAAGGAGGCAAGGGAGGCAAGGGAGGCAAGAAGAACAAAAAAGAGGAUGAGUUGUGAAUCGGAGGAGAUGAUGAUGCAAACACUAGAUGAUAAAAAUAUUCUUAAAAUGUGCAGUUUCGUACACACAAACUAGUUAUAAUUCUUUUCGUCAAAUUUGGAUGCAUAAAGUAGAUUUCCAAUUUAGCGGAAUAUAAACAUUUAUCAAUAACUGCCUUUGAAGCCUCUAAUGAGAAAGAAAGAGACGUCAUA